AUGUAUAUCAAACCUCCCGACUUCUUCACUCACUCACUACACUACCUGUCGAGGAAUUCAAAAAACUUCCCACUCCGCUCCAAAGUUGCCCUCCGAUUCCGAAUCCGAUCGGCGAUCUCUCUCUUGUUCAAAUUCGCCGUAUUUAGGGUUUCUGUUCCCCUAAUCGUCGCCGAUUUCCUGGAUCCAAUGGCAACGGAGUCGUCGGAGGGGGAAGACGAAGGGAAAAUUACCGGAGGAAGCCAGCACCUGGUUGUGGAGGACGACCUGAGAGAGCUGGGUAAGAAGGCUGCUUGGAGCGUCAGCUCUUGCAAAACCGGAAACUGCGUAGCUUCCCUCCGCGACGACAAUCUCGAUACUUACUGGCAAUCGGACGGUGCUCAGCCGCAUUUGGUGAACAUUCAGUUCCAGAAGAAAGUGAAGCUGCAAUUGGUAGUAGUUUAUGUGGAUUUCAAGCUUGACGAGAGCUAUACCCCCAGCAAGAUCCUCAUUCGUGCUGGUGAUGGCUUCCAUAACCUCAAGGUAGUUCAUGCCAUUUUCUUCAUGGGCUCUUGUUUCUUGCAUAUCAAAGCUAUUCGAAAGAGGGAGAGAGAUUGCUAUUUCAACCCUGCUCUUGUGCCUUUUCAGGACAUCAAAACGGUGGAACUUGUCAAACCUACCGGUUGGGUUUACAUAUCACUAUCAGGAAAUGAUCCAAGGGAGACUUUUGUGAAUACGUUUAUGCUGCAAAUUGCUGUGAUCUCGAAUCACCUAAAUGGAAGAGAUACUCAUGUCCGCCAGAUCAAAGUUUACGGCCCCCGCCCGAACCCUAUACCGCAUCAACCAUUUCAGUUCACUUCAACAGAGUUCAUCACUUACUCUUCUGUUAGAUGAUUAACACUAAGGCUUUGUAACUUGCUUUGGAGAUGGAUUAGUGUUUGAAGCCCCUGUUGCGUAGCUUGAGGAUCAAAGGGUCUGAAGUGAAGACACCAGAGGAGAAGCUUCUUCCUUCUUUUGUAUUUUCCAUUUGGUUAAUUGCUUCAAAAUGAAAUACCUCCAUUUUCACACUUCACUAUGGCUUUGAUAUUAUAGAAGCAUAUUCAUCGAUGUGGUUUGGCGAAAUCUUUUCUAUUUUUGUGGUUCGGUA